CGCUUUGAGUUGAACGCGUUCACUGAAUUUCGUUCUUAAAUUGUCAUCAAAGUAUUGCAUAAAAUUCAACCGAUUGUAAUUUUGGAGUGUUGAGAACUACAACUGCCUAUUAUUUUGAUUGCACAAAACAAGAGAAUGAUAGUUUUGUUUUGAAUUGUUUGUGUUUGUUAUUAAAAGUAAUAAGUCUGAGGAUACAUAAUUCAUUUAAUUAAAAGGAAUGGAUUGUUCAGGGGAAACUUCUAAAACAAAUGAAACUUCUAUAAGAGAGAUGGCUAACUCUAUUGGAAAAAGUUUACAAGAUGGAAAUCAGCCUAGUUGUAGCACCCAGUUAGAAAAAAAUAUUAUAGAGCAAGUUUCUGGAACUUUUGCUGAUGUUAGCAUCUCAAAUAAUUCAAAGCCAGUAUCUUUAAUCGUUCUGGGAAUGGCUGGAUCUGGCAAAACAACUUUUGUCCAAAGAAUAACAUCCCAUCUCCAUGCUAAGCAAACUCCACCUUAUGUCAUCAACCUUGAUCCUGCUUGUCACACUGUACCUUUUCCUGCAAACAUAGAUAUUAGAGAUACAGUUAAAUAUAAAGACAUAAUGAAACAAUAUUCACUUGGACCUAAUGGUGGAAUAAUGACAGCAUUGAAUUUAUUUUCUACUAGAUUUGACCAAGUUAUGAGCUUUAUUGACAAAAAUAGUUCGAAAUGCAAAUAUGUCAUAUUUGACACGCCUGGUCAAAUUGAAGUGUUUACUUGGUCGGCUUCAGGUAUGAUUAUUACUGAAGCUGUAUCAUCUACUUACCCUACUGUUAUUGUAUAUGUUAUGGAUAUUGUAAGAAGUUCAAAGCCAGUAACUUUCAUGUCAAAUAUGCUAUAUGCUUGUAGCAUUUUGUAUAAGACAAAACUUCCAUUUGUGGUCGUACUAAACAAAACAGAUGUUCUAGAUUGUUCUUUUGCUAUUGAGUGGAUGCGAGAUUUUGAAGCAUUUCAAGAAGCUUUGGAAACUGAUACUUCUUAUGUUUCUAACCUGACUCAUUCCAUGAGCCUAGUCUUAGAUGAAUUUUAUAGUGAUCUUCGAGCUGUUGGCGUUUCGUCUCAUUCUGGUUCUGGUGUUGAUGAUUUCUUUAAGAAAGUGGGUGAAGCAGCAAAGGAAUAUGAAACUGUGUAUAAACCAGAAUAUGAAAAGAUGUUGCAAAAGAGAAAAGAAUCUGAAAAAUCGAAACAGGAUAAAGAAAUUAAACGACUGAAGAAAGAUUUAGGUAAAGGUUCUGAAGUGGAAUUGAAAAAAGAUGAUGAUGAAAGUAAUCUGAAGAGUGUUCUUGAUGAUCCUAUUUAUGUCCAACAAGGUAUGGAGGACGAUGACACAUCUGAUGAGGACUGGACGACAGGGAAACUGACUUAUGGAGAUAAUGAUUAAGAAAUAAAGUGAAUUUUAUAA